ACUUGUUUGGCUGUGGGCGGCGCGGCCGUGCUUGAUGACGUCACAGCGCCCCCCCCCCCUCCUCCCUGCUCUUUCACUUGUCGUUCCCAUCUCGGAGCGGAGCGGACCGGACCGGACCGGACCAGAUUUGAGCGGACGUGCCGAGCCAGCGAGCGUCGAGACCCGCAGACGAAGGCCCACCGCAGCUCCUCCUUGACUUUGUCCUCGUCCUGGUUCUGGUUCUGGUCCUUGAGUCAUGGGGAACUGCCAGCCCACCGUCGUGCCCUACGAGGACUUUGACGUGAUGGCGGACAUCAAGGUCAUCCGGAAAGCCUGCAAGGGACUCGGCACCGACGAGCAGGCCAUCAUCGACAUCCUGGCCAACCGCAGCUCGGAUCAGCGCCAGGAAAUCAAGCAGGCGUACUACGACAAGUACGACGACGAGCUGGCGGACGUGCUGAAGCGCGAGCUGUCGGGCAACUUCGAGAAGGCGGUCCUGGCCAUGCUGGACCCGCCCCUGGUCUACGCCGUCAAGGAGCUGAGGAGGGCCAUGAAGGGGGCGGGCACCGACGAGGACGUGCUGGUGGAGAUCCUCUGCACCGCCACCAAUGCCGACAUCGCUAUGUUCAGGGAGUGCUACUUCCAAGUGCACGAGCGGGACCUGGACGCCGACAUCGAGGGGGACACCAGCGGCGACGUGAGGAACUUGCUCAUGGCCCUCAUGCAGGGCAACCGUGACGAGAGCUACGAGGUGGACGAGGAGCUGGCGGAGCAGGACGCCACCUGUCUCUUCGAGGCGGGCGAGGGUCGAUUCGGGACCGACGAGUCGACCUUCAGCUACAUCCUGGCGUCCAGGAACUACCUGCAGCUCCAGGCCACCUUCAAGAUGUACGAGCAGCUGUCCGGCACGGACAUUUUGGACGCCAUCGAGAACGAGACUUCGGGCACGCUGAAGAGAUGCUACGUGGCUCUCGUGAGGGUGGCCAAGAACCCGCAGCUGUACUUCGCCAGGCGCCUGAACGACGCCAUGAAGGGGGCGGGGACCGACGAGGACGCGCUGGUGCGCAUCAUCGUGUGCCGCUCGGAGUACGACCUGGAGACCAUCAAGGAUUUGUACCUGGAGAAGUACGACGUGUCCCUGAAGGACUCGCUGAGGGACGAGUGCAGCGGCGACUUCAAGCGCCUCCUGCUGGCCGUCUGCCAUUGAACCCCCCCCCCCCCCCCCCUUUUGAGCGCCUUAGUCACUAACCAAUCCAUCCCGGGUCAGUUUCGGAACCAUUUUGCGACUUUUUUUUUGCGCAGGAAGUGCCUCGGGUUGCAACUACUGAGCAAAGUUUUUCCUCCAAAUUCUUCGUGAUUCAUUUUUUUUUUUUUUGUCUUUCUAAAAUGAUCCAUCCGUGGGAAAAAAAUGACCUCACGUGGUUCCGCUGGUGCUAGCGUUUGUCGUUUGUCACGUGCGAUUUGUUAUCCGCGGCCCGCGCGUGUCUGCGAUCGGCGCGACCGCCGCGGGACGUCGCGCUUUCCCGCUUUUCCCACCGUUCGGAGCAAACGUUUGCGAACGAGAGCAACAAACUGCCGCGGUUCGAACCCCGCAAAGUCGCGUACCGUCAGGUUCAACUCCAAAAUGUGGGGGGGGGGGGUUGCUUUUUACUUAAAGAAGGUUUAUGAAGGAUAUGAAAAGUUACGUGAAGACAGUUGGAGAGAUGGAAUUUGAUUUUGUUUGUAUCUUAAAGAAACGAUGUAUUCAUUUCCAGACUAUUUUGUCCACCAAUACUGCACCGAGAAAUACUUGACAGACACCACUACGCCUCAUCUUCUAUUGUAUUUUUUAAAAUAUUACACUACUAACAGAUACAACGUGACGUAAUUUAGAGUCGUGUACCGCAUGUGACGUGUCUUUGAUGGAUUUGGAGGACGUGAUUGUGGCAGCUGAGUUGCAUUCAUGUACCGCUCGUAUAAAACAUUCGACUGAAAGCAUCCACUCCAAAUAUUUGCCGACUGUGUUUGCCAAGGAAACGUAGCACAAAAUAAAAGUUUCGUGUCCUCAA